GACACAGGAUGAUCUGUCUUAUGAUUUUAAGUUUGACGAACCACAGUGCCGACAACUUUGAACCACAAGAAAGCAAAUCUAACAUGCUCUCUGUCAAGGUGCGCGAUUUGAUGAUAGGAGCGGGUUCCGAGGUUGACCCCGUCUUCGGCAUAUAAACAUGCAAAGGCCUGAAGAUUUUCAUCUUCUCUUCUUUCUAUACAGCUUUUACUCCAGGAACAUCACGAUCACGAUGUAUGUCCCCAUCGUCUCCACUCUGACGGCCCUGACGGGCUUGAGUGAGCUCAAGGCCAUACCUGCUCAAGCUCCAGUAACCUCUCAACCUGCCGAUCUCGUGAACAUCGCUUCUCGGGAUAUUCAACAGCAACCUCUAACUGAUCUGCUCCUUCCAACCAUCACUUCUGCAAAGUCUCUGGCCAGCGGCCACAGACUGUACGCUCGUCGCGAAGGUGGUUACAAUACACCUGUCAGAAAUGCAAAGUACCACUACACUAUUGUAGUCGACGACGAGACUCUGGGAGUUACACCCAGCGAGUCUCCAGCACUCCGUGUCCUCGAGGCUCGUGAGGAAACCCCUAAAAACUGGCCAACAAACCGUGUUGAUGAGGCGCGAUACUACCGUACGCACAAAGCUGCAACUGGAACCACGGCCAAGAAUACUCCCACUCGGUCGGUUGUAGCUUGGGAGUAUCCCACCGCCACUGCUCCUUUCGAUAUUCCGGGUCUGACUGAUGGAGGCUGGCCGGCAGUUCCUGAUCUUGCUACUGCCACAGCAAUGCCAACUAUGAGUCCUGGAGGCUGGGAGAACUUCCCUUCCGAGGCCAGCGCACCUGCAUCCACCAACCAAUACUCCUCGUUCUGGAACGAAUUCUCUAGCAAAGCCACUGCUACUGCAGCUUCUUCCCCUGACAACAAGUCCUCCGAGAAACCCCCUGAGGCAACCUGGAGAGCUCCCAAGAACUUGCCCCAAGAGUGGUUGACGAGGUUCCCCAUUGGGCCACGCGACAAUAAUCAUUUCUUCAACCACAGUCACAAAACAGUCUCCUUCCAGAUUUCCACAUUGACUGGGAUCUGGGCAAAUGUCACCGCCAAAUCAACAGCAACUGCAGGCUUGAGCACCGUCAUGUCUUCUUCCACAUCCACCGCUUCCACCACAGUCGCUCCCUGGAGAAUCAACGACUGGAAACCCCCAGCCAUCACAACUACACUCUCUUUCACCGUUGAUGACUCUGUGGUGGUCGAGACUAUUACUUAUAUUGCAAAGAGGGACGAGGCUUCUGCUACUACUGCUGCGGCAGUUACUUCUACUCUGGCUGCAAAGGCAGAAGCUUGAUCGACGAGGCCUUUUGUUUCGAUUCGGCGAAUUGUAGGUGCGAUAUAACUGGAGGGUGUGUGUGCUAAUGUGGUUUGAACGAGGAACAGGGGAAGGUUGUGUGGGUUUGAGCGAGGCGUUUGGUGUUUGGGGGAUGAAUUGUGUCUUUUAUGAUUUAUGUUUUUCGUUUUUGUUUGCCUUUGACGAGAGAGGAAAAAGAAGAAAAAGAAAUAAAUGGAUCAUUUGCAGAGCAAGGUGGAGGAUUGAUGCGAAGUA